UGAAGAUCAGAUUCUGAAGGACUUCCUAGGUUACGAAAAAACGCAAUAGAAAUUGAGGUUUUGUUGAAGUAGAAAGAGAAAACCAUGGCGUCCAGUGUGGAUUUGCCAAAGCCGUACAAGAAGAAACGGUUCUACACGCAGGAGGAGGUGACGCGCAAUGGCUGGCACAGCAUUUUUGGGAAAGUGUACGACCUCUCAACGCUGCUCAGCGAAUACCGAGAAGGUAGACGGAGACAGCGUUUUUUUCUUUCGGGUGUGCAUAAAGUUACCUGACGCGGUGCAUUGCGACUCGCUUUUCGCCGCAUGAUAUUAUUGAUUCUCAAAUCUAAUACUAAUUUCUACAGAUCCGCUUAGAGAGCCAAUAAAAGCUGCUGCCGGGACGGAUAUCACACACUGGUUCGACGCCGAGACGAAAGACCCAAGGACAUACAUAAGCCCAUGUAAGAGCUUUUCUUUUCUUGCGUUUUGUCGUGCAUAAUGUAAGUUCUUUCUUGUGGUUGCGCUGCGGGCGUGUUGUGGAAAAACAUUAUGUCGAAGAUUCGAUUUCACAACUUAAACUGUUACCUUGCAUCACAGUCUCCAACCAGCGAGAGGUCUACUGCCCACAAGGAAGGUUUCUGCACGUCCCACCAGAAAGCCCGGAGCCCGGGUUUGACACAAGUAUUUUCAUUUUGUUGCAGUUCGUUGCAUGAUUCAUUUUUUAGUACGGUGCGUGUUUGUCAUACAGGUUACUAAGCUACGUUUGCACGAUGCUACCUGUGACGGUGCCAAGCGCGCUGGGUUUUCAAAAGCAAAAACAUAUCUACACAGGAAUACAAACCCCGUGGUGGAGGGACGAGAAAUACUGCAUUGGGCUUUUGACGCAGAAGACCUUCAAGUUCUACGUCAUGAACCUGUUGUCGAGGCAAAAAGUCCUCAUGUGCGUACCGAGCGAGGAAACACUGGAAGAGAUACAAGAGAGGUACCUAUCUCGUCAAUUUGUUGAUUCUUUUGGUUGGGUUUGCCGUUAGACACAUGUUCUGCAAAGAAAACUGAUUUUACAAAUCGAGUUCUCGCGACACACCCACUUUACAGGUAUCUCGAAGUGCACAAUUUUCACGUGAAGUCGUACACGUGGAAAAUGCUGGGGCGGCCUCUCGAGCUGAAGAAAACGCUCGUGGAAAACGGCAUUCCGGAUCAGGACCUCGAGUUUCUCGAUCUCGGCAUGGACCCGGACGAUCACGUCGUCACCCUGCACCUCUACUUCAACGAUGAUCUGACCGAGGGCUGAACAGUUCUUCGUCUGAAUUUCGUUGAAAAGGCUGAAGAUAGAACAAAACACUCAACUUAAGAACAAAACUUUUACUCCGACAAUAGUUAGACACUCAACUUAAGAACAAAGAAAAAGCUGAAUUUACGAUUUUCUGUGCAAAGUAGGCAAGGCUCGUCUUGCGCUCGGCCGUGAGACGAGAGCGAAAGAACAGAGCAAGACAAGGAUCGAUUAGGCGCUGACGACGCGUUCGAAAUGCUAAUGUAGAGCUAGAAAUUUUUGUAUAGAAAGAUACGAGAUUCGAAUAGCUUCGCCCGCUGGGUGUGACGUCGCAAACUUGCGC